UGUUCUCAUUCAACCCAAAAAUAAAAAAUAAAAAAUGCCGAGAAUAGUUACUCUUGUUGACAAAAAGAAAAAGAAAAAAGAAAAGAGUUAUUAAUUACAAGGGAAGCUCUUUCUGAUCUGAGCUUUCGACAAUUUCGAAGCGCCUCUAAUUUCCCGUUCUCCCAAAGUCGGAUAUCUUUGUUCUUACCGCCACCAUCUUCUCCCCCCAAACAAAUUUGCUGAUAAUAACAACCAGAAAAUCUCACCCUCCCCAGAAAAUACUCUCUCUCUCUCUCUCUCUCCUCUGAACUUGACGGUUUCUUUCCUCCGCAUUGGCGCUUCUUGCAGCAGAAAUAUCUCGGUCUUCAACGAGAUUUUGCUUUCUUAGCAUGGCAACGAUGGCAGCUUCUAGCCUGCAAAUGGCAACUGCGAGACCCUGUAUUUCAUCUUCUCGUAGAGCUUUUAGAUCAGCUCCCACAAUAGUUCAAAACAAUUGUAAAGGAGCAUCAUUGGCAAAGCUUUCUAGCGCCUGCCAUAUAUCAUCCUCUGCACAACUUUUUGGGCGCAGCUUUACAUCAUCUUCUGCCAAAUUCGAUAAAUUCGCUGUAAAGGCAAUGUCAGAACCUAGCGAAAGCAAGGGCUCAGGGUUGCCAAUUAAUCUGAAAGGUAAGAGAGCAUUCAUUGCCGGUGUAGCUGAUGAUAAUGGAUAUGGUUGGGCAAUCGCAAAAGCUCUUGCUGCUGCUGGUGCCGAAAUUCUUGUGGGCACAUGGGUUCCUGCUUUGAACAUUUUCGAAUCCAGUCUACGGAGGGGAAAGUUUGAUGAGUCGCGUGUGUUGCCAGAUGGUUCUCUAAUGGAGAUAACCAAAGUAUAUCCCUUAGAUGCAGUUUUUGACAACCUUGAGGAUGUACCUGAAGACAUAAAAACGAACAAGCGUUACGCAGGAUCCAGUAAUUGGACAGUUCAGGAAGUUGCUGAAAGUGUGAAGAAAGAUUUUGGCAGCAUUGAUAUCCUAGUGCACUCACUUGCCAAUGGACCAGAAGUAACUAAACCUCUACUGGAGACAUCCAGAAAAGGAUACCUUGCUGCUUUAUCGGCAUCAAGCUACUCCUAUAUUUCUUUACUCAAGCAUUUCCUCCCAAUAACUAAUCCAGGUGGCUCUUCAAUUUCUCUGACCUAUAUUGCUUCAGAAAGGAUCAUUCCUGGAUAUGGUGGAGGUAUGAGCUCUGCAAAAGCUGCUCUUGAGAGCGACACACAGGUGCUUGCUUUUGAAGCGGGUAGAAAACACAGAGUUAGAGUCAAUACAAUAUCUGCUGGGCCAUUGCGAAGCCGCGCUGCAAAAGCAAUUGGCUUCAUCGAUAUGAUGAUCGACUAUUCAUUAGAAAACGCACCUCUACAAAAGGAACUAUCUGCAGAGGAAGUGGGAAACACAGCUGCUUUCUUGGCAUCACCUUUGGCUUCAGCUAUAACCGGUGCUGUCAUAUACGUCGACAAUGGGCUCCACGCAAUGGGUGUGGGAGUUGACAGUCCAAUAUUCAAAGACCUUGACAUUCCAAAGACUCAGCACUAGAAUAUUACUACUUGCCAGUUGAAAUAGCUAGCAGAACUUUCUGACAUUUUGGUUGUGUAAGAAUAAGACGUUUCAGUAUUCUGCUUCCUUUUCCCAUUGUUGGAACCACUUGAAUGGCUUGGCCAGCGGCCCCUCCAUUUUGUCCUGAGUGAGACUUUCUAUUAGACUUUAGUCAAUCUUAGUGGAACUCUUGAAUCACAAUUAUUUGUGUUUACAAA